AUGACUCAUCAUCAUCUGAAUCAUCAACAAUAUCCAAUUGUGCAAAAUGUCGUUACACCUAUGGAGAGUGAAGCUGAUAAUGAUUUUACGUUAGUAAAACGAAAAAUAAAGAAAAAGAAAAUCGACCUUACACAAAAUCAAACAUCAUCGUCCUCUUCAUCAUCACCAAGUAUAUCCACAAAUGGUUCGACCUCUUCAACAAAUACAGCUAGUAUUAUUUCCAAUGCCAAACCUAUUAAUGCUGCUCAUACAUUAAAUAAAGAUAUUCCACCAGGCACAAGGUACAACCCAAUUGAUAUAACACAACAGGCGAAACGAUUCGCCGAGACCCGUUACGCCUUUCCACCAUUUAUUUUGAAUUUCAAGCAAGAUGUUAAUGAAGAAGUUAUUAUUAAAUAUUUAGUUGCAUAUUAUUCCACCAAUCAUGAUUUCCAACUGAAUAUUGCCGGUCAUCGAUUAAAACAAAAACGAGAUUUAUUAAUCUUUGUUGAUGAUCGUGAAUCAUUCACAAUGUUAUAUGAUAAACAAAAAUGGCCAGCAACAAUUGAGUCGCUGGAUUAUGAUAAUAAAUUACCUAAUCAUUUACCUCCACAGUUCUCAUUAAUUCUUCGGAAUGUGCCGAUGGAUAUUGACAUCAGCUUAUUAUUAAAUCACCUUAAAAGCGAUUAUCCUGAUGUCAUGAGUGCUGGUCGUAUUAUCAACAAGAAUAAACAAUCGACAACCCUUGUUAGAAUUGACAUCAACAAUGUUAAAAUCAUUGAUGAACUACGUGGACCGCACGAUGCUAAUGAUAUUAGGUGUCCCGAUAUUAAAUCAUAUCGUGCUGUACUCACCAAAUCUCUCUUAGCGUCAGCAGGCACAACAACAAAUCAAUCACAACAACAACAACAAGGCCAUAUAAAAUAUAGUCAUAAUGACAUUGAUUAUCCAUUAUUACAUUCCAAUUAUAGGAAUAAUUAUAAUGGAAAUAAUAACACAUGCUGCAACAACACUGUUAAACGAAUCGACGAACUCUUCAACAAUAUGAACAAAUUAGAUCUGAACUUAAAUCGUUUAUUGGAUCUAAAUAACAUGUAUUCAGAUCAACUGACACGGAUCCAACAAGCAUCUAUGCCCCUAGGAGUAAAACCUGGGAAUGGGAAUCGCUCUCAGGCUACACCACCGACUGCUGUUGCUUGUUUGGCGACUUUAACAUAG